AUGCACUUUCAAUUUGGUAUGCUCAACCGAGUCUUUCAAAUCCUGGAGGACAGGAUGUGCAACAAACCUUUUGUCGUAGAGUGCACGCUUGGACCGCAGAGUUCCGGGAAGUCCACGCUGAUGAACCGCAAAUAUGGUUGCAGCUUCAAAGUGUCUGAGGGCCGCUGCACUCGCGGUGUUUGGGGCCAGCUCAUUCGGAUGGAGGAUCGCAACAUUCUGGUGCUUGACACCGAAGGCCUGCAGUCAGUGGAGAAGGCGGAUCCAGAGUAUGAUCGCAUUGUAAUGUUGUUCGCGUUUGCAGUUUCAAACCACGUCGACAUCAACAUCAAGGGAAACAUGAGCGAGCCAUUGAAACGCCUGCUUGAGGUCUGCAUCCGCGCUCUCCACAACUUGGAGAUGGCAAAGGUUCCGUGCCCAGUGCUUCGUUGGGUCAUGAACCAAGUUGCAGAUCCUGAUCCGAAACACCACCGCGAAGGUUUCCGUCGAUUGGCAGAUGAGGUGGAACAGACGUUCAAGGCUGAUGAGAAAGUAAUCAAGAACCAGGUGCAGCUGGAUGAUUCCAACAUUGUUGUGGUGCCUUCCAUGUACAAUUCGGAUGUUCGUCAGACCUUUCAGAAGAGUGGUGUGGAUUGGACGCGCUUGAGCCAGAGCAAGAGCUUUUGCGAUGCAGGCGUACAUCUUCGGUCAGCCUUGAGGCAACAGACCUCUACCAGCAGCUCAGAUUCGGAGCCGCCAGUUAGCCCAUCGAAGUGGCUGCAGAUGGCUCACACAAUUUUCCAGACAAUUUCCAGAUAUCCUGACUUGACAUACUUUGCAGACAUCAAGCAAGUUCAGCACGACCGUCAUCUCCGGAAAUGGAUCAAUGAGCACACUUCCGAGUCAUUUCCACUGCAGGAGGAAGGUACACGCCAUCAAGAGGAGCUGGAAUGUGCCUGCAAGCUUCCUUUCUAUGAGGAUGCUGCUGAUCACGCGCGGAAGUAUUUCGAGGAAGUCGCUGACCCUUUGCGUGAGAAGUUUCGACUCGAGGCUGAGAAGUUGAAGUGCAGCCUCGCGUUGCAGAAGAGGCUGGAAGGUGUCUUGGAAGACUCUUUACAAAACACCCGCUUUCAGUGGGUGCAAAGAGUCAACACCGUUUCUCAAGAGAAGGAUGUGAGGCGAGCUUGCAGGGACGGGCACGAGGAGUUGACGCAGAAGAUUCGGGAAUUGGCAAGGCGAAUGCCGCAGGAACCAAGAUACACACGUGACCUCUUGAAUGCAGAGUUCGACAAGAUCUGGCCAAACAUCAUUCAGAAGAUGAAGCAAGGCUUCAAGUACAAGGACUUCAGCCACAGCUUCCUGCAGAGCUGCUACAACUUGUAUCCCACAGGUGAGAGUCAGCUGAGGAAUUUUGGCAUUGUUUGUCAAGAAGCACACUCCGGUGACCCCCCUCAGCCUCGAAUCGACUGGUUGCAGCUUCGUUCUGGUCCAGUGCUUCCUUGGGGGCAAUGCGACCCUACUCGAGUGCAGAUCGUGCUGAGGUCAGAGAGUAUCCAGGACUUGGAUGAGCAGGUCAAGAAAUGCAGCUCGCUUCUGAAGUAUGUCGGCGCGCAAGUCGUGGCUGCUCUGCUUCCACAAUCCCGAUCCGAGUGGGAAAGGCAACCUAAGCAGUCCACGCGGCCUAUUGUCCACAGCGAACAAACUGGGAUUGAAAGAAGCCAGCGACGCCAUGUGGCCAGUCAUGGCCAGCGUGAUGCUGAGUCAGCAGUGCGCGCCUGGCUUGUUGAUCCCACAACAGCUGCAAAGCCCCGUCCUGAGCAAGUCAAAUCAUUUUCGCUUGGGGCAGUGGACUGGACGAAAGUCUUCCACAGGCUGGCGGAUGGGUUGGACAAGUUCUUGGAUGAAUGUCGGCGACCUGACCUGAAUCUUAUGAAUAAAGUGGCCAGGCAGGUCACCCAGGUGGUAGAAGAGGUCAACAAGUCUUUGAAGUUGCUAGGCUGCACUCUUUCCCGUGAAGGGCAGGGUGAGUUGCACUCACAAGCACUCAUCCACGCCUGGCAGCGAUUGAUCGAUUCAGCCUGGCAGCAGUUUCAGAUGCCGAUUGCAGAGUUCGAGAAAUCCCACGACAAGCAGCGGGAAUACUUUGUUGGAAUGCUCUUGCAGGAUGAUCAUGCCGAUCGGAACAUGGCUGAGAUUCUUGCUGACGGAUUUGAGCUCACCCUCUUACAGCAUCUCAGCAGGGAGAUCCCUUUGGAGGUCAAGACGUUGGUGUCAAAAAAGACGGCCGGGCUCACAAGGGAGAAGUUCCAAGAAAGGCUAGAUUCGUCCUUAGGCACAGAUGACCUGAAGAUGCAAGAAGCCUGGAUUGGAGAUCCUGUCCGUGAGCUUCAGAAAGUGGUUCGUACUGAGUUUGAAGCCAUCAGAGUCGAGCAUGUUCUACCAGCGAUAGAUCAACGGAGGGAACUGACCUACUUCAAGGCGAUGAGGGACCUUCUUCACAGAGUCGAAAGACUGCAUGGCGACCCCCGCAUUGAAAGAGACACAGCUCACAGCAAUUCGCUCUUUGAAAUUCAGUGUGAGAUUGAUGGCCCUAUGCAGUCUCAGCAGUUGAAGCAACGUGCUGCUUUUCAAUACGUGUCAGACUCCCUUCUCAACCAAUGCACCGGAUCGCAAUGGUGCCUUACAAACCCAGAUGACCAGAAUGUUGAGCAGGAAUUCAUCGUCACGCUAAAGAAGAACAGCCUGCCUGACAGGCACGACCCCAUCCCAGACCACCUCAGGGACGGCAUCCGCAAUGCAGUCCAUACUGAGCUGGCAAAGAUUUCCAACAUACAUGAAUUUCUGGAGGCGUUGAUGGGAAUCCUUCAGUCAAAGAUGGCCGAUGCGCGUGAAAAUCUGCCAGGCGACCUGGAACUGCAGCAGCAGGUCUCCAAUAUGUGUGGGCAGUUGGAGGACAAGAUCAUUCCUUGCUCUGCAACAUGUCCCUGUUGUGGCAAGUUGUGCGACAAUUCAGACACGGGGAAACACCAUGUACAUUGCUGUGCCCAUGGCCACCUACCGCGUGGAUUUCGAGGAAUUCACCUGGAGGAUGGACACAAGACGGCAUCAACACGGAUUUGUUCGCAGAUCCAGGACCAAGACGAGUUUGUGGAUGAGACAGGCGAGAGAAUGAAAUGGGUUGAAUUCAAGGAGAAGAAUCCCGACUGGGACUUUUCCAAUCACUUUGACACAGAGAAUCGAUUGCGCCAGGAGGCCAGGGCUUACAGUGCCUGGCCCAAGGUUGGCCCCAUAUUCUGCGAGAAGUACGGAAUUCGAUAUACAGACCUUGGUGAGCAAGGCGACAUCCAAGCUACCCCGCAUCACUAUCUCCUCGUCUUGGACAAGUCUGGGUCCAUGUCGGGUGCGAAGUGGAGCCAGCUGUGCCGUGCAGCCCAGGACUGGGUGAACUUUUCAGGAAGAUCCAUUGAUCGGUACUCCAUUGUCUUCUUUCGCCACUCUGCCUGGCGCGGAGUGGAAUUCGGCACAGCGGCUGAGUGUGCUGAUCAGAUCACUCGCUAUGAGUCAAACGACAGCUGGGGAUCUACUUCCUACCUAGCAGGCUUCUCUGAGGCAUCUGCUCUUCUGAAUGAGCGUGCCCGUUCUUACCAGCAUCACCGACAUGUUCUUGUUUUCAUGACCGAUGGAGUGCCCGACUACGAGUGUUGGCAGGCUGCUGCUCGAGCACUUGUGGAGGAACAUGGGGAUGGAAUCGCCAAAGCUUAUUGCAUUGGCUUUGGGGAGGACCGGGAUUUCAACCAGCUGCGGCUGGCCGCCGCACUUCUCAACGGCAAGUAUAUCCAUGCCCCGGAGGAGUCAGAUUUGGGGAAGGCAUUCGCUGAGGUUGCACCCAAGCGCAGUCAGUAG